UACCCCAUCCCCACCGGGCGUCUCUCUCUCUCUCACUCACUCGCGCACACGCAUGGCGGACUUGGUGGCUUAAAGGAUCGAACUUGGGAACUGGUGGCGGGGGUGGGAGCUUUGGAGGCGGGUCCUUGGAGGAACUGUUCGAGUUCCUGGGCGAAAUCUCUUCGUGUUUCGCCUAAAUUCCCUCCAAUGGCGGAUCAAAAGCCUAAAAGAUCGCUUUUUGAGAUGAAUUCCAUGGGUUUUACGUAGGCUUCGUUUGUUUGGGGACAUGGAGGUCUGGUUUCCGGUUGUAAUGGAAGAUUCGGAGCUUUUAAACCCAGGUUCAUGGAAGAUUGUCGGCAAAUUCCUCUAGGAGUAUGGGUUUCUUGCUCCGAUCUGGCGCUUAUUUCUGAUUUUGGUGCAAAAGUUUGAGACAUUUCCGCUUUUCUUUAUUUUAUUUUAAUAUUUUCUGGCGAGAGGUUGCAUCUUUAAGCUCCAGGGGUCAUACGCCGCUUCCAAUUGGAGAAUUAGUUCAGGAGUUCUUACUAAUUUCAAUUGGUUGUUAAGCUCCCGCGUGCUAUGGCUUGGAACGGUGGCUUCCUGGGUUUCGGUCUUCUACUGUUUUGCUCGCAUUCCUGUUCCAGUUAUUCUUGAGAGCCAUUUGAAGUGGAAACCAUGGAUAGUACCCAGGUACUAUCCAAUUUGAUGUUUAAUACCCGUGAAUGUCUACUUUGUUGCAAUGUAGCCUCUCUUCCUUAAUUUUUAUGUAGAAAAAUUGCAAUGUUUUAAAAGAAUUCUGAAAUUUUCGCUGCUUUAUUGAUUAAUCCUUGAAAAAUUGGUGAACGGAGCUGACGGGAUCGGUUUCUGCUCUUUGAAUCAGGUAAGGUUAAGAUUUGGGAGAUUGGAUUUUUUUUUUUUAAGUUCUAAAAAAGUCAUCUCUGCGCAUCUGUGGUAGUUUCUGUGCGUCAUUGUCUUUAUAAUGGGUGAGUCUAACAUGCGCCAGACUGGCCCAUGUUACCUCACCCAUUGCUUUGCUGAAGUGCUUCACCUGCUCCAAAGCUCCAAGCUUUUGUUUUUGUUUUUUUUUUUUAAAAAAAGAAAGAUGAUUCCGCCUCUGCUUUCGCACUUUGAUGGUCUUUUGGGGCGCUGAUUGUUGUUAGGUAAGCAAUGGAUUAUUUACUGCUGUAUUUCUGUAUGGUGGUAGUUGGCUUGGAGUACUGUGGGCAAUUUUUUUUUUAAGAAAAUAUAUUCUUUGUGCAAAGUUUCUUUUGGAUCCUUGCUUUUGGCCUUUGCUUUUCUACCUUUUGGAUAUGGAUGCUGAUGAAUUUCCUUGACAUCAGUCUCAAGCUCUCUGGUUUUGUUUACAGAAAUAAAUGCGUUUUCUUCCCUCUUCACUCUUUGAGAAAGACUGGAGUUUUGUCUAUCAGAGACUCAUGUUCUUUUGUUCUGAUAAUGACCCAACUACCCCUUUGGAAGUUUAGGGUAACAAAAAUCCUAAUUCUUAGGUGUGAAAAGAAACAGACAAGGAGAACCUUGUUCUCUUCAAUGAGAGAGAGAUGAGCUAUCUGGCAGUUGAGAUGGUCCCCUACCUAGCAAUUAUCACAGUGCUUGAUCUUUUCCUGUUAUUUCUCUGCCAAUCAAUUGGAUCCUUUCCAAGGUCUUCAUGAACCACAUUUUUUUAAGCUUCUAAAGUUUGAAUUUUUGACAAGACUACAACAGUUGAUAAACCCAUAGAAAGUGUCCAUUUUCUCCUCCUCCUCCUCCUGCCUCUCUCUCUCUCUCUCUUAAUGAAAGAUGGUUACGACUCUAGACAUUGAUUUAUUCUUUUGUUAUAAUGAUAGGUUUCCUUUUAACAGGAUAACAUUUAGGAUGGCCUUUCACUUUUUUGCUUUGGCAAAUUUUAUCUCAUUCUGUACUUCCUGCUCUUCUUUAAUAAUGGAUAAAGAAAGCCAUUACUGAAAAUUAAUGUCAAUAUAGCCAAGAAGCCAAUAUGCUGUUAUUCUUCUAUGAUUCUAAUGUCCAUAUCAUCUGCUCGGUCUUUUCUAAUCUUUUUUUAUUUCUUCAUUGCAACAGGAUUGGAAGAACAAGUGACUUGAAUAAUUGUGUUCUUUUGCACCCUUUUACAAAAUUAGCCAUGGAUCACCUCUCUCUUUUUGCAUCAAUUCCUUUUCUUUUUCUCCUGCUAUGCCUUCCCUCUCUAACACUUGCUGACUUGAAUUCUGAUAAGCAAGCCCUUCUUGCCUUUGUGGCUGCAAUACCUCAUGAACGCAAACUAAAUUGGAGUUCUAAGACUCCAAUCUGCUCUUCUUGGGUUGGAGUCACAUGUACACCUGAUAAAACCCGUGUAUGUACCCUCCGACUACCAGGGGUUGGGCUUCUAGGGCCGAUUCCACCUAAUACACUUGGAAAGCUUGAUGCGCUUGAAGUCUUGAGCCUCCGAUUCAAUCUCCUUACUGUAUACCUUCCUCCAGAUGUUGCAUCGCUUCCUUCUCUGCACUCUCUCUUCCUUCAGCACAACAAUUUAUCUGGAAUUAUACCUACUUCACUGUCUUCCAACCUCACAUUUCUUGACCUCUCCUAUAAUUCUUUCAUGGGAGAAAUUCCAUUGAUGAUGCAAAAUCUUACUCAACUUACUUCAUUGUAUCUUGAGAAUAAUUCUCUCUCUGGAUCCAUCCCUGACCUUCAACUUCCCAAGCUAAGACAUUUGAAUCUGAGUUAUAACAACCUUAGUGGUGAGAUACCAAUAUCUCUCCGUAAAUUCCCAGUUGAAUCAUUCCUAGGAAACCCUUUCCUUUGUGGUCCUCCUCUACAACAAUGCCCAGGAGUUUCUCCUUCACCUUCACCAAUGUCACCCCCACCAGCAUUCCCCCCAAAGCCCAAAAAAAGCUUUUGGAAAAAAUUAAGUACAGGUAUCAUAAUUGCGAUUGCUGCUGGUGGAGGAACCCUGCUGUUUCUACUGGCAGUUGUACUUGUAGUAUUCUUUUUGAAGAGGAGAGAUAGGGAAGGCAGUGCUAUAUCAAAGGGAAAGGGUCCUGCUGGUGGGAGGAGUGAAAAACCUAGAGAGGAAUACAGCAGUGGGGUUCAAGAAGCUGAGAAGAACAAGUUGGUUUUCUUUGAGGGUUGUGCAUAUAAUUUUGACCUAGAAGAUCUACUAAGAGCUUCUGCUGAAGUUCUUGGGAAGGGGAGUUAUGGGACUACCUAUAAAGCUGUCCUUGAAGAUGGUACAACAGUCGUGGUGAAAAGGCUGAAGGAGGUGGUGGUUGGGAAGCGAGAGUUUGAGCAGCAUAUGGAAAUAAUAGGAAGAGUAGGACAACACCCAAAUGUGGUGCCACUUCGUGCUUAUUACUAUUCCAAGGAUGAGAAGCUUCUUGUUUAUGACUAUGUCCCUUCUGGCAGCUUCUCUACCCUCUUGCAUGGAAACAAGGGUUCUGGAAGAACACCAUUGGACUGGGACUCGCGGGUAAAGAUCUCACUAGGAGCUGCACGUGGCAUAGCUCACAUACACACUGAUGGAGGUGGAAAGUUCACCCAUGGCAACAUCAAGGCCUCUAAUGUCCUACUUACCCAGGACCUUGAAGCUUGCGUGUCUGACUUUGGCCUUGCCCCACUUAUGAACACCCAUGCAACUCCCUCCCGAGUUGUGGUGGGCUACCGUGCACCUGAAGUAAUUGAGACCCGAAAAUCCACUCAGAGAUCCGAUGUCUACAGCUUUGGCGUACUGCUCCUCGAGAUGCUUACCGGAAAAGCUCCACUUCAAUCUCCAGGACGUGAUGAUGUUGUGGAUCUACCAAGAUGGGUCCAGUCUGUUGUCCGAGAAGAGUGGACUGCAGAAGUUUUUGAUGUGGAGCUGAUGAGGUAUCAGAACAUCGAGGAAGAGAUGGUUCAGAUGCUUCAGAUUGCAAUGGCAUGUGUUGCAAGAGCUCCAGAUCAACGUCCUAGAAUGGAGGAAGUGAUUAGGAUGAUUGAGGAGGUUCGGCACUCCGACUCGGAGAACCGGCAAUCCUCGGAGGAGAAGGCCAGGGACUCGAAUGUUCCAACACCAUGACAGGACAUGAAGAAAGCACAUAAUUGGUUGUCUAGAAAUUAGUUUCUGGAAGGGAUUUGAUUCAGUUAGUGAGUUCAUUUUGUUGUGCAACGAAGGGCAUUUGUGCAUGGGGAUGUUUGCAUCGAAGGGCAUUCUGAUCCUUGCAUGUAUUUUAUGUGUCAAGUUUGACGAUUGUUGUAGUAACAAGCAUUCAUUUUUUCCAAAAUUUGAUUGCUGAUUUUUAUUUAUUCCAUUUUUCCUCUUCAUGUUGAGGGUUUA